UCGGCACCAAACGGCUCAUUGAAUGCACCUCGUUUUACUCUUUCAACACUGUUGGCCGGUACACCGACCAAGAAGCCACGAGAAACCAGAUACCGCAGUCCCGUUGAACGCUGACAAUGUCCGUCAAGAAAGUCCCGGAUGCUGCAGGAUGCACUUUGACCUUGCUGGACGUGGACGGGCGCAUGUUCCCCACCUUUCCUGCUGACGUCAUCAGGAGCGUCCCCAAUCUCAAGAUGAGAGACGACGAUAUUCUUAUAUGUGGCUACCCGAAAUCAGGCACCCAUUGGUUGUUUGAGGUGUCACGUGUUCUGUUGAGCGGGUCAUGUGACGAUGGAGGGAUGGAGAAGAAUGACUUGAUGAUCGAAAUGAAGUCACAUGAUCACCUGGCCAAAAUGGCGUCCCCCAGAAUAUUAAACACUCACGUCCAGUUCGACUCGUUACCCAAGGAGAUACAUCAGAAGAAGACCAAGAUAAUAUACCUGCUACGCAACCCUAAAGAUGCGGCGGUUUCAUUUUAUAACCACCAUCGCAAACUGGUGCAGUAUUACGACUAUCAUGGAAUAUUCAAGGAUUAUCUGCCCUUGUGGGUUGAAGGAAAAGUUGACUAUGGAUCGUGGUUUGAUUACGUCCGAAGCUGGCAAGAAGGGCUCACAAGGCACCCGGAUGUUCCGUCGAUCAGUGUGGUGUAUGAAGACAUGAAGGAAGAUGCCCUGUCCCAGAUACGAAGAAUAUCUCAAUUCCUGGGUUUGUCCCACGAUGACGUAUUUUUACGCAAAGUAGACGACUGGUGCUCCUUUAAGCGCAUGCGCGAACGGAAGGGGAAGUUUGAGAUACCUUCUGACGGGCAACCAAUCAUGUAUCGCAAAGGAGAGGUGGGCGACUGGAAAAACUGGUUUACAGUGGCUGACAACGAGUGGUUUGAUCAAGUGUUCACAGAAAAGAUGACAGAUUUUGAUCUGUCACUCAGAUACACCAUAUGACAUUAAGGACAACUUUAAAACAGCAUUACACACAUGCAUACACAAUAUAUACAUACCCUUGACCAUAAGCUUCAUUACGGAAGUGACGUCAUGACCUCCAUCCUCCAGCGACCAAGCUCAAAAUUUCUGUUGCUAAUGACCUUGAACUCACGACCAAUCAAAAUUUUUAUUCUUAACGAGUGGUCGGCAAAUUGCUUACAAAAUGGCGGCCUUUUUUGAGCGAACACUCGAUAUAUUUUGCAACAAUGAUUUUAUUCAGAAUAACCUUCUAGCUGGACAAGAUGUUGGUACACGAAUACAAGUUGUAUAGUGACUUCCAUGUACAGAGUUCCUGUACCUAAUAUCGUGUAAUUUGAUUGGAUGACUAUUUGCGUCGUGUCAUUCGAGCUGCACUCGAAAAGAAGCUGUAGUUGCGAAUGGGACCAGACCACCAUUUCACAAAUCCAUCUUAGCGAUACUGUCAGUAUUAAAGAGUUACGAUCGUCUUAGCGCUGAAAUCGCUUUGUGGAACGUGGCCAAGGGUACCUUUCAUACUGAAAUGGAGAUACGAUACACUGGAAUCGAGAGGAUGCUUGAACAUUGUGACACUUUACACAUGAACGCCAAGGGUAUGUAUCAUAAUGUAUUGGAUACUGGAGGAUGCAUAGUGCAGUGCUGCUUGAACAUUGUGACACGUUCGCACUUGAACUCCAUUAUCAAAAGAAAACAACAGGGUGUUGACUUGUCAGGCGUAUUGUACAGUCACCAUCGUGCUGUCAUUGCUUGAGCAUAUUAUUGUAUGAAUAUACACCCACGUGCUGAAUGGCGGGAAGUAUAGGGUUGUUAACAUUAUCAAAUAUAUUUUUGUACUAGUCCAAGUAGGACAUUAAUAAACAAGCAUGUUACU